AUGUCUAUACAGCACGGUGGCGCAGGCUGCUUUUUCGGCUCACGAGUAUCAGCUAGGACCUACAACGCGGCCCUCAGCGCCUGCGCGGCAGCGGGAAAGCUCGAGUUGGCCCUGGUGCUCAUGGCCGAGCUUCAGGAGGAGGAGCUGAUCCCGAAUCUGAUGACCUACAGAUAUGCCAUCCAGUCUUGCGAGGAGUCUGGCCAGUGGGAGCUUGCUCUGGAUCUUGUGGCUGAGAUGCAGAGUGUUAAGACCGAGCCAAAGCAGCUCAUUUUCAGCUCCGUGGCUGCGGCAUGCAGACGAGCCGGUUUGGAAGAGCUGGCCUCGUCCUACGACUGGAAGGACGUCAGCGUGAGCUGA